GCCGCGCCGCCCCCGCGCGCCGCGCCGCCGCCGCGCCCGCUCACCCGCCAGCACGUGCCGCUCGAGGUGCAUUUCGAGCUGUCCUCGUUCACUGUGGAGCUGCGCGCCGAUCUCGGCCGCGGCGAGCGCAGUCUGGUACAACUGGCGUUCCGAGAGUUCGCUGUGCGCCUGCGACGACCGCGCCCACACGAAUCUGACCUACACGUAUCCCUCCACUCCGUAACAAUGGAGGACUUGACACAGGACCCGGAGUCCAAGCACCGCAUGCUGCUCGUGUCGCACGCGCCGCACGUGCCCGCCAAGGCCGUGUUCGUGUCCAAGUCGUGUCCGGACUUCGGCCGUGCGCCGCGCGCCGCGCGCACCGUGUCGCUGCCGAGCGGGUUGAAUGUAGACAGAAAGACAGAAAGGUAUACAGGCAUAGUUCUGCUCGUGUCGCACGCGCCACACGUGCCCGCCAAGGCCGUGUUCGUGUCCAAGUCGUGUCCGGACUUCGGCCGUGCGCCGCGCGCCGCGCGCACCGUGUCGCUGCCGAGCGGGUUGAAUGUAGACAGAAAGACAGAGAGGUAUACAGGCAUAGUUCUGCUCGUGUCGCACGCGCCGCACGUGCCCGCCAAGGCCGUGUUCGUGUCCAAGUCGUGUCCGGACUUCGGCCGCGCGCCGCGCGCUGCGCGCACCGUGUCGCUGCCGAGCGGGUUGAAUCUAGACAGAGAGUAUCACCGCUCCAAACGUGACAGCAAAUGCGGGGCCACGCCACCCUGCUCGCCGGAGCUCGGCGUCACAACGGAGACAGCGGACGCUGAAGCGGAAGCGGACGCGGAAGAGGGCGCGGGCGACGGGCUUGUUAAUGUGACCGUGCGGAUACGAGACCCGCAGCAUACGAACUUUCACGAUCUGUAUAAUCGGGUAUCCCGCCAUACUCGAGUCCGGUUCAACUGCCUAAAGUUAGUAGUCAGCAUCGACAGUUGGGUGGCGGUGUUGGACUUUUUUGGCGUGGCCGGGGAAGACGCGGACGAAAUAUCGGAGCCUCAGCCGAGUGCAGAAACCAGCGUGUCCCCAUCCGACCAAUCACCAGAAGAAGGCACAACCCAAACUGAAAUGUCCAUCCGGUCUCUCAGCGUGGUCCUAGUGGGCGCGCGUGGGGAAGUGUGCUCGGCGCGCGCUCUACGGGUGCGCGCUAACGCGCAAGCGCACGCGUCCGCGCAUACGCGGUCCUUACGCCUAGCUGUGGGCGGGUUGCACUUGGCGGAUUUGACGCCGCGUGCGCCGCUGUGGAGGGAUAGGCUCAGGACGCAUGGGGAUAAGGCGCUCGAGAUACUGUAUACAAGACUCAGCGCCACAGAAGCGGCGGAAGCCGGCUACGAAACGUCCCUCACCGUGGCCCUAGGGCCGGCCACAUAUGUGCAUACAAAGAGGUUCAUACACGAGCUGUAUGCGUUCGCGCACGACUUCCGUCAGCUGCGGCGCGUCAUCGUGCAAGCGAGACAGAAGGUAUCAGUAUCCGUCGGCGUGUCACCAACAAGCCGUCAGCGUCUGUCCGUGCGCUGCCUGUCCCCCGUCAUAGUGCUGCCCGUGUCCGGGCGCAGCCGCGGCGCACUGCGCGCCGAGCUGACAGAGCUCACCAUAGACAACUGCUUCAGGAAGGCGGGGGACGCUGACACUGUCAGCACGAGGACGGACCCUGACGCUAGUUACCACGAGUUGCUGGACGUGCGCAGGAUCCGGCUGGAGCAGCUGAGCGUGUGGUGCGCGCGCGGCGGGCGCGGGCUGCGCGUGCGCCGCGCCGGCGCGCCGCUGCUGCCCGCGCCCGCGCGCCUGCUGCUGCACGUCGAGCGCAACCUCAGCAGCACGCACAACGUACCGGACAUGACGGUGCAAGGCACGCUGGCGACGUUACAAUGCGCACUGGACCCUGCGCAGUACAGAUUAGUGCGGGGCGUGUUAGCACACAACUUGGGCGAAUGUGUGGCCGACCUUCCCCCACACGUUCCACUCCCAGCCACGACGGCGCCGCACCAUGAACAGGUGUGGACAACAUCCUCCAUCAAGCUGGACCUCCUCGACGUGACAGUGGAACUGGAGCCGGAGCAUGGCGUCUCCUCGCUGGCCUGCAUCAACUUCAUCAAGUCGCGUCUGCUGCUCGAGACCUACUCCGACCUGAGCCAGGAUAUCGACCUGGUUUCGCAGGAGAUCCUUGUGAGCGACACGCGCUACGUGAACGAGCCGGCCAACAGGCGAGGGAACGUGUUCACGCACAUCGUGCAGCCCAUGGCGGACCAUCGGCACAGCGUGCAGGCCGAAGUUCACGCGAGAAAACGUGGCGAUUCAUCAGCGUACACGAUCUUAGUGAACAACAUGCGGCUGAUGGCUAUCCUGGACUGGUGGGAAGCGGCGAACCAGUUCAUCAUGCAACUACCCCUGCCGCCUUGCGACCCUGACCAGCAGCAUUUGGAAGAUGCUCUGUCCGCAUCGCUAGGACAGAUGGGAGCGGUUUCAGCUGGAACCGGCCACGAUGGACAGGUGGAACUCAAGCUGAACGUCACCGACUCGCAGCUCGUACUGGUCGAGGACGCGUCCAUAUGGGACACCAACGCUGUCAUACUCAAGAGUACGACGGUGAUCACUUACCGCGUCGCAGACGCAGCGAAGCCAGUAUCCUGUGAGCUAAACGAGCUAGAAGUGUUCUCGUGUGUGCUGGGGCUGGAGGAAGAGACCGCGCUCGCUAUAGUCGACCCCGCCGCGGUCACGGUCGCGCUGCACAAGGAUCGCUCGCUACACAUAUCAACGGGCACGUUGAACCUGCGAUUGUCGUACCACGACAUGCGCAUGUUCGCGUCGAUGAUACAGUCGCUCCCGGCGCAAGUCCGCGCCGCCCUCUCAGGCAAAACAGAAGAAGAAACGGUAGACGCAGACGCCCCGGCCAACAGUCUCCACAUGCGGGCGGGGCCGACGGCGCGCCUGCUGCCGCCGCGCUGGCUGCCGCUGCGCGCGCCGCCGCCGCAGCCCUCCGCGGUGUGGCCGCUCCGGGCCGUGCAGGUGACCGCCGAGUGCGUGACGCUCUGUGUGAUCGACGACUGUCUGGACUCAGACGUGCCGUUACUAGAGGUCUCUUUAGCUGACCUUAACGUGGAACAGGACCUGCGUAAGAUUGAAGAGUCGUUUUCGGACCCCGUGCUGGUGUCUACUCCAUGCGCGAGCUCCGGGGCCACGGGCGCCAACAGCGCGGGCGCCGGGCGGCUGGGCGGCGCGCUCAGCGUGCACUACUACAACCGCAUGCUGUCCGGUUGGGAGCCCGCCAUCGAGCCCUGGAGAUUCGAGACAUCAUGGGAGUAUACUCUGACAAGCGGUCUCGCGCUGGGUCGGCUGGCGGUGUCUGUGCGCUCAACGGAGGUGCUCAACACAAACAUCACGUCCUCGCUGGUGGAGCUGACGCAGCUGGUGCGCGCCAACUGGACCGCCGACUACUACACGCAGCCGGUAUCCCUGGAUGCGUCGCCGAAAGGCAGCCCGGCGGGGCAUCGGCGGCGUUCACCGUUCGUGCCCUACGCUCUACGGAACCACACUGGACACAAAUUGUGGUUCACUACACUUCUAACUACCUGCGACGUUCUGACGGAGACUAGCGGGUGGAGCGGGCCGGACGACUCUUGGGUGGCGGUGCGCGGCGGCGACACGGAGCCGUUCUCGUUCGGCGCGCGGCGCGGCCGCGGCGCGCGCGCCGGCCCCGCCGUGCUGCACCAGCUGGCGCUGCGGCUCGGGGACUGGGGGCCGCCCGACCCCGUCUGCGUCGACCGCGUCGGGGUGUUCUUCCGGACUCUCACCCAUGCGAAAACUGGUGCUGAAGCUCGGCUUGUGCUGGAAGUGUCGCUCGAAGGCUCGGCGCGCAAGCUGGUGACGGUGCGCUCGGCACUCACGCUGCUGAACCGGCUCACUGUACCCGUGGAUGUACGGCUUGAACCCGCUCCAGGUCAAUGGUCAGGCGGCGGCGGGCGCUGGACGACCGUGUCUGCCGGUGGCCUCUGGGCCGCCCCGCUGUCCCCCCUCCCCGGGGGCGUGGCCGUGCGGCCUGCGUUACGCGGGGCCUGCCCCCCCGCGCCGGCGCACGUGGACUGGCGCGUGCACGAGCGCGCGCUGCUGCACAUGGAGUGCCGCGCGCCGCCGCUUGAUGUUUACAGAUUCUGCUGCGUGGUAGUCCGCGAGCGCUUCCCCCCGACCCGCGACCCGAACGCGGCCGGACACGCCCUGACCCUCGUGCCAGCUCUCCGACUGGAGAACCUGCUGCCACUGGAGCUGCAGUUUAGGUGUUCAGGGCUGGACGUGCAGAACGUCGGCGGAGCGUUGCCGCCCGCUGUUACUCGGCCCUUCCAUGAGGUAAACGUGGAAGAGGGCGUAGAGCUGAGCGUGAAAAUAGAAGGCUUCGGUUGGUCCUCGACCCUGUCUGUGGGCGGCGCGGGAGCCAACUCCUUUACGGCGCGCCUCAAGCUUAAAGACACCUGGGGCAGGCGGUUAUACCUCAAUGCAAGAGUUGCUGUCAAACCUACAGACGGAAUCAAGAUUUCGAUAAGCGCAGCGUACUGGCUGGUGAACCGGAGCGGGCUGCCGCUGGUGUUCCGCGCGGAGGGCGCCGGCGCGCCGGCGGCGGGGCAGGGCGCGGAGCACGAGGUGGCGCGCGUGGUGGCGCCGCUGCUGUUCGCGUUCGCGGAGGCCGACGGCGGGCCCACCGUCACCGCGCGCCUCGGCACCGGCCUCGCGCUCAACCAGGAGUGGUGCUCCCCCUUCGGCCUGGGCCCCGGCACGGCGGUGAAGAAGCUCACAGCCGGCGACAAAGUGUACGCCGUCGGCGUGUCCGUCCGCGCCGGCCGCGGCCGCUACAGGCACACCAACAUAGCCACACUCACACCGAGAUACCAGCUGCAUAAUAACACGCCCUACCAUCUGCAGUUCGCGCAGAAGUGUACCGCGACUACGUUGAACGACCCGGGCGCGCUAGCGACGCACGUGUCGGCCGUAGCCGGCUGCUACCUGCCGUGGCACUGGGCACGCUGGGAGCGCGCGCAGCUGCUGUGCGUGCGCGUGCUGGCGGGCGCCGCGCCGCGCACCGCCUGGUCGGGCGGCCUGCGCGUCGACACCCAGCGCGCCGUGCACAUAGCCUGCAGAGAGAACACCGGUGGCGGUGGCUACGUGUUCCUACGGGUAGAGGUAGUGGCACAGGGCGCUACUCUAUUUAUAGUACUGACGCACGCCGACAGCGCGCCGCCGCCUCUACGUGUCGACAACCACUCGCCCGUCGCCAUCAUGUUCCACCAGGUGGGAUGCGGCGAAGAAUGCGUGGUGGGCGCUCACGGCUCCGUGCAAUGGGCCUUACCGGAGCCCGAAGGACAAUCCACCUUAGCGCUCCGAGCGCCGGGCGGCCCGCGGGCGACCUUACCCCUUGACGCACUCGGCACCAAUGUCAUCCUAGCAUAUCAGAACUUUAUAUACGUGGCUUUUGAUAAGAGCGGCUCGUCGAAUGAUGAUUCUAUUCUAGUCUUGGAAGUGCCGUUGAACUCUACGCGAGUGAUUCUUGCACGAAAACGAUAUGGUGACAGAGGCCAACUCUGGCGACGCGGUCCCAACGACCAGCUGAUCCACGAGGGCAGCUCGCCGCCGCAACCGACAGAUGCGUUGCUUACGGACGAACCCACCUUAUCGCCACACGCAAUGGUGCUGGACAUAGAGGGCCCGGCGCCGCGGCCGGGCCGCGCCGCGCCGCUCGUGCUGCGCCGCGCCGACCCGCGCCGCGCCUCCACGCAGGCGUGGCGGCUGCUGGCCGGCCGCAUGGCGUGCGCGCACGCCAACCUGUGCGUGCAGCCGGACGGCGGGCUUAUGGCGCUCACACCGGGAAGCCGUGUGGUGUUAGGUCUGCCGGAUUCAUCUCGCGGGCGUGUACCUCUGCCACCGGAGCAAGCGGUGGCGUGGCACACCCUGCGGCCCGGCUCGGGCCGGCUGUCCGUGUCGCUCUCGUGCGCCGGCCCCACGCGCAUCGUCAGCAUCAGGGACCCGCAGGACCCGGAAUCCGGUUGGAUCGAGGGCGUCGAAACGGACUCCGAGGUCUCGGAGCCGCCCCGCCGCGAGUGGGAAGUGCAAGUGGCGCUGGCCGGGCUGUCGGUGUCGCUGGUAGCGCGCUCGCCGGCGCAGGAGCUGGUGCACGCGCUGCUGAGCGGCGUGCUGCUGCGCGUGGCCGCCGCGCGCGCCGCCGUGUGCGCGCUCUCCGUGCAGGACAUGCAGUGGGACAACCAGCUGCUGGGCACGCCGAGCCCCGUGCUGCUGUACUGCCUGCCUGCCGCGGGCGGCCCGGGCCCGGGCGGCACGCCGGCGCUGCACGCGGCCGCCGAGCUCAUGCCGGCCCCGGCGCGCCGGUACAACGCGCUCUUCUUCAAGCAUCUCGUGGUCGCGCUGCGCCCGCUCGCCAUCCGACUAGAAGAGAGACUGAUCCUGAAGCUAUGGUGGUGGGCGGCGCCGCCAGACGACGAGGCUCGCGAGCAGAUAGACGAGGCCGACUAUGAGACCCGGCGCAUGCUCGGCGAGGUGACCGCGCUGCACGCCAGGCGGUACUACUGCGCGCUCAUCAAGAUCAUACCGAGCCAGAUCCGCCUGUCAAUGACGACGGCGAGCAAGUUGGAGCGCGAGCUCGGCGCACUCAAGCGGCGGCUCGGGCUCACGAUGAUCAAGUUCGAGGACGCGUGCGUGGAGCUCGAGCCGUUUGCGCGCGCGCACGUCUUCGAGCCGGCGCCCUAUCUAGCGCGGCAGAUGCUCAAACACUUUAAAGAUGAACUAAAAUGGCAAGCAGCAAAGAUCCUCGGCUCCGUGGAUUUCCUGGGCAACCCGCUGGGCUUCGUGGCUGACGUGUCGGAGGGUGUGUCCGGGCUUAUAUACGAGGGCAACGUUGGAGCCCUCUUGAAGAAUGUGACACAUGGGAUUUCUAACUCGGCUGCGAAAGUCACUGAAUCCUUGGGCGACGGCCUAGAGCGAGUAGUAGGCGACGAGGCGCACGAGGAGACGCGCCGCCGCAUCCGCAGCUCCGCGGGCGGCGCGCAUCUCGCCGCCGGCCUGCGCGGGCUAGGGCUCGGGAUACUCGGUGGCAUGACAUCUCUGGUGAAGCACAGCUACGAAGGCGCCGCCGCGGAGGGGCUGCCGGGGCUGCUGGCCGGCGUGGGCAAGGGGCUCGUGGGCACCGUCACCAAGCCCGUCAUCGGCGUGCUGGACCUCGCCGCCGAGACCGCCUCCGCGCUCAGGGACUCCGCGCGCCGCGCCGACAAGUGGGUGCCAGGCCGAGCUCGCGAGCCGCGCUGCGCGGCCGGCCCGGGCGGGCUGCUCCCUCGCUACGACGCGUCACAAGCGGCCGGCGCGGCGCUCCUGCACCGGCUGACGACAGACCCGGCCGAGGGCUUCCUCGCUUAUCGUGUCGUCCGCGACACGCCCCAUGACAUACGAGCGUUACUGUCGACCACGCAUCUACGGAUAUUCACGUGCAAACACGCGCAGCCGCAGAUCGUCAUGGAGACGCACCUCAGCAACCUGGUGUCCUGCGCGGCGGUAACCAGCGGCGGCGCGCACUUCGUGGAGCUGGGCGUGCGCGGCGGCGGCGAGGCGCUGCGCCGGCCGCGCGUGCAGUGCGACUCGGCCGCGCUGGCCGCGUGGCUGGCCCGGCACGCCGCCUACGCGCGCAGGCUGCACACCGAGGCCAAGCACACGCUGCCGCCGACCAGCCCCGACUGACCUACGAGA